AUAGCACAUUUCAUAAGUCACUGGCUUUUGGGCCAAGGUUUUGUUAACUUGUAGUCGGUUCUAACGACCAUCGGCCUCUUACGAUGUCGGGCAUUUAUAACUCCAUUAUAUCAGUGACCGAUAAAUUUGUGCCAGCAAAACUACGCCCACUCUGGAAUCAUCCUGCAGGUCCAAAAACCAUUUUUUUCUGGGCACCACUAGGAAAAUGGAUAUUAGUGUUUGCUGGUUUGAAAGACAUCACACGACCACCAGAAACUCUGAGUGUAUAUCAGAAUACAGCAUUAGCAGGAACUGGAAUGAUAUGGGCCCGUUAUUCAUUAGUGAUCAUUCCCAAGAACUACAGUCUGUUUGCUGUUAAUCUUUUUGUUGGCUUAACUGGACUGUAUCAGUUGGGCCGGAUCUACAAGGACAGAACAGCUAGGCUAUCGGCAACAUCUAAAGAGAUUGGAGGCUUCAAAUGAAAAUCAACUUGCAAACCAGAAUGCCUCAUCUGAUCAAUGAACUGGGAACUUUGUUACAGAUUUAUCUUCAGCUGUGAUCUAGAAAGUUGUUUUUAUCCAAUCUUUGUCCACCCUCCCAGUACAAAUUGUAGGCAAGUUAGUAAAAAUUGUUUGCCUUCAGAAUGCAUCUCCAUUUUGUAAGUGUGUGUAUGUAUGCAUGUGCACGUGCAUAUGCUUGUAUGUUGCACAUUGAUACAGCAGGUUGCUUUGUGACUAUGUGAACAAGUUGUUUAGACACUCUGUACUUCUUUUUCGUGAUAAAUAUAUGGCACUUUCUUGCACAGAAAACUGCUCAAAUAUUGUGAAAGGACAGUUUGCAAGUUCAUAUGUUUACAAAAGAUAUUAAAAUGAGAAGUUUAAUAAUUUGAUAGUCAUCAAUCAGACAUAACUUCCUGACAAGUGUUAAUAGGAGUCUGUCCUUUCUGGUCUGGAACCUAUUUCUGCUACUUUAGAAAGUAAUAUGAAAGGCAAUGACACCAGUGUCAUUGAGUAUGAACUCAGCUUGCAACCCGAAUGUGUGAUAAUCCUUUUCUCUGAUUUGUUGAUUUGUACAGGUGACUGAUAAUAACUGAUUUCACUAAUAACUUUUGUCUUUGAUUAAUUUCUCUUUACUGUGAUCAAGCUAUUCCUUGUAUCAUUGUAACAUUGUAUCAUUGCAUUGCAACAGUAUGACUGGUUAUCUUGGUUUCUAACUUAAAUUACUAGUGCUGGACUUGCAAUAAGAAAAUGAAUCUUCUGACAUUGGUGGCAGGGAGGUUGGGGGUGGUGGUAAUGGAAGAAAGAAAAAAGAAAGCAAGUGUAUAUGCUAAAAUGGGUCUAUAAAUCAGAUUCAUUAUACCAGCAGAGAGUUAAUAUGUAUUGAUGACACCAAAAUUGUUACAGCUGCCUAUACCACAUGAAUCUUUUUCAUUUUUUGGAUACAGUUCUGAAGCUUGAUAAUUCUUCCUCCUUCAUCAGCUCUAAUAAAGUGAUUUACUGUAAUGCUGUAAAGUCUUUCCUCCUAUUCUUGUCUCCUCCCAUGUUACGUGAGUGUUUAAAUAAGUGUCAGUUCUUCUGCUACUUCUUUUCAAUCCUUAAUCUGUUUCAUGUAACUGCUUUGCACAGUGAUUACAUUGCAUGUGCCAAAUGAUUUGUAGUGCCCUAUUUUUCAAAAAUCUAGUUUUAGUCCUUUAUUCCAGUUUUUAUUUGCCAUAUACUUGUCUUUAAAGUUUGUUCAGAAAACUUCAGAUUUUAUAAACGGAAACAAGAGAAAUACUUUUUUAGUUUGGUCUUUAAAAUGUUAAGUAGAAAAAAAAAUUGAAAAGGCAACGUUUCAUAAAAAGACUAAUAAUGAUAUUAAAGUUGUUAAAUGAUGCUGUAACAUUUUAGCUUUAAUGGUAUUAGAAAAUCGAUGUCAUGAAUCAUGUUCAGCAAGUGCAUUUUUGUCUUUAAUAAAGUUAAAAGAAGUAGCUCUCAGAAAAUAAAAAGAAAUUGAAUCUGACGAAACAGUUUAUAAUUGGUGCCAGAGUAUAAAGAUCUUGGAGAAAUCCUAUAAAAUUAUUCUAAAGAUUAUCAGAUUUGCAUGUCUUGUUUACACAAUUGACUCUCAUAUGUGUGUGUUUGCAUUUGUGUGCACGUGCAUGCUUGCAUGUGCCUGUAUUUUUUCAAGGAUUUUAGGAAUUGAUAUUUAUCUUUUAAAAAACAUUUUUUGAUCCUCCUGUUUACCAAGAAAUAAAACUGUAAUUUCUUGGUAUUCUCUGAGGAGAUAAAACUGUUUUAACAUUAAAUUACUCAGAAAUUUAAUGCAUUUGCCUGUUAAACUGUUUAAAAACAGGUUAAACUUCAUCUCCAUUUUUAUCAUGCUCUGUCUAAUCAAAUGCAAGCCAAAGCCGGUGGCAUAAUAAUGUUUACAUGUGAUUAUUUUUCACAGUAUGGAACAGAUGAAUUAUAAAGGUGGAGUUUAACGUGAAACUUAAAAAAAAAAGAAAAUCAAUCCAAAUAAUUGCAAGGUGAGUGAACAUGUUAAAAUUUGUAGUAGUAAUUAUAAACAGCAAAAAAUGGCAAACACAUUCAAAACUUCUUUAAAUUAUUCUUUAUAUUUGUGUUGCUUCUAGCUCAUGUCAACAAAUAACAGCAUUCCUCAUUUCCUUCCUUUUGACACAUUGUUUAUCUUUCAUGAAUAUAAUAUUUUUUUCUACAAUUUUGGAAGAGAACGGGGGUUUUUACAGCAUCCUAAAUUUUGUUUGAGAAGUUUUUCUUGCCCACUUUAAAGUGGAUCUUGAUGCAGUCAAGUUUGUCAUCUUUGUUAAGAAAAAAUGUCAUGUCAUUUUGCAGCAUUAGGGUAAAAAGCAAGAACAAAAACUCAACAGAACAGAAAGCCUCAUUCUUCAGCACUUAUUUUCAGUUUCGAUGUGCAAUGGUAGCAAGCUAUUUUUUGUUAUAAAUCAAAUGUUUUACUUCAUGUAAUUUAAGAUUCAGGUUUGACUUGCUGUGAUGUAUGCUAAAUGAUUUUAUUUAUAAAAUUCUGAAUAAAAUACUGCUUUUUCACUAUCAAAAGUGGACAGCUAAGCAGAAAGUAGAAGUUGGCUGCCUGCAUUAGUAGCCUUUCCUGCAAAGUGGGAUCCAUUGCAAAGGAUUCCUGAGACAGCUUUUAGUUUUUUAAGUAUGUACAAAAUGCUGCUUAUAUGUUUCAUUAUACCUCCCAUGGAGAGAGAGCAGGAUACAGAGUUCAGUACUUAAAAGUAAUCGUGCUUAAGAAUGGUAUCCUUUAGAGACUGUAGUGUCACUGAAGUGUUGGUGGGACUGGCUAGGCUCUGAGGAGGCAAGAGCAACACUGGCUUUUCUGCUAAGCUCCAGCAUGCUAGUUGCCCACUGCCUGAUUGCUGUAGAGAGAUUUACUGGUUCCUUCAGAACAGGAUGUAGAUCACAGAACAAAUGCCUGAAGAACUUGCUGUGAAAUUACUGUCAAUGUCAUGGAUCAUAAAAUCUGCCUUCUCUUUAAACCUUUAUUUUUUUAUGGUAGACAACAUACGCAGGGAAUAUAUUUUGUAAAAUUUGAGAAGAAUAAAGGCGACUGGCUGUUCAAAAUUUACUGCUAAAUAUUGUGACAUUCUGAUCAACUUAAGACUGCAUGAAUUCGGCAACUUCUAUUGAGAUUUAGAUAUUAAAAUCUUGUGACAAGCUUUAUCUUCAGCUUAUGCAGAGGGACAAAUUUACCUGCAUCAGAAAAUUAAGAUUUAGAUGAGACGUGAAACAUUUUGAUCAGCAACAAUAAGGCUUAUAUUUAUGUUAGUCUUUAUAUAGGCUAGUCACGAUUAUGACCUCAUGACUGCAUGCUACAAUGGGUGAUGAGAAGAUGGGGUCCAAACAAAUGGCCUAAAGGUAAAGUGUUUAUUGUAAUCAGGCCAGUUCUUAGCCCCCGUGGGGCCCGAGGCAAAGGGCAUGUGCGUGGCCCUCACGCCACGAUCACACGGUUUUAGUUGGGAUCUAAAGUCACAUAUCAAUCAAAAGCGCGGGGCCCCUUGAAGCGCGGGGCCCUAGGCAGAUGCCUCGUCCGCCUGCCCCUAAGCACGGCCCUGAUUGUAAUGUAGGGUAAGGUCCUGGGUUUAGCACUUCCUUAUGAGGAUACCAAUCUUUUCUCCUGCUAUUCUAGUUCCCCCCCCCCACCUUCAUCACUCCUUUCCUCCUUAAGGCCAAAAUCAUUGAUAGAUGGAAGCUCAUUCCUAUGAGAUUAAUAUGAAUCCCAUCCCUGUCAUCAUAAAGGCUUGUUAUCACAAUCUAGAUAAAAUAACCAGAUUUGAUAAUAAGUAGCGUAGUUAACUUGUCACCAGAAAUGUGCCUUGAAGCUCGUAAUUGCAAUUGGUUUAUACAUAUAACUAUGUGAGGACAAUUGGACAUUAAUAAUUUUUUAUUUUUGCUCUCUGAAGAUGGUGCUGUGAUGAAAAUUGUACUCUAUGUGCAUGCGCUCUACUUGUUAAUGGCAACAGUGUAUGUGGACUUGCUGGAAUAAUUUGUAUUAAUUACUGCUUCUAUUCAUUUGUUGAUAAGCUUGUGCCAUUAGGUUGUAAAUUAUGCAUGUAAUAAAAACAAUCUUUCAUUUAAUAGAAGUGAUUGAGACCACAUACUUUAUAUAAGGAGAACCCGGACUCAAUGUAUACGCUGGCGCAUGAGAAUUUGUGUAUCAUCAAAAAGAAGCCACAGCAAUUAAUAAAAUCUGUAGUAGAAGCGUGCAAAGUCCCUUCUUCAUAAAAAUCUGUUAUACCUCAUGCAAACAUGAUGCAUAAUGAUAGUAUUAAAAUAUGUCUGUCUUCUUAUUUUAUAACAUGAAUUUUGUAUUUUAAAAUCCAGUUUUUGGUUCUUAAUUUUUUUGUAAAUGGAAAAGGUUUUUAGCUGUUUAUAUUCUUUUGCAUCAAUGGGAACUGUAUAUAAAUGGAGCCAGUACAGUAUAAUAGAGAUUUUGUCAGGUUGUUACAUCACUGAAACUGACGAGUUUCUUCGUUUAACAUUUGCUCAGUAGAUGACAAUAAACUGCAUAACAGAGUAUGUACAUAACGGUU